AUGUCUGGCUUUCAAGCUCGCCCCAAGCGGGCGGGUGAAGACUUCUCGCGAACACACCAUGAAGAAGACGAUGCGAACGAUCCUUCAUCGAAGAAACCGCGGUUUGACCUGCGAAACCCCUCCACACUUGCCCCAGAUGCCUUGGACGACGAUGUUGUUUUAGAUGCAGACGAAAUUGGCCGUCGUGGACAACAAGUGCGCCGUAAAGCCGUCAAUCUAGACGGUUACGACUCUGACAGCGACAACGAAGGCUUCGAUGCGCGGUCGGAAGCCAAGUCAAAGGCCAGUCGCGCGAAACAGGAUGCCGACGAUGACGACAUGUUUGCGGAACUACAAGAGGAUUUCGGCGCAGAGGAAGUCGAUGCCGACGAGGCCAUGCGCAAGAACAAGAAGAAUGUACGCUUCCUGCGAGAUGACGAAAUUGAGGGUCAAGUCGCCGGAUCAAAGGGUGGAGGCACAUUACAUGCGGAUCUAAGCCGAGGGCCCGGCGAAGUAGACGUGAACGAGGCAGAAAGCGACAGUGAAAUUGGAGAGGAAGAACGUGCCAAAGUCGACGGGGAAAUGGACGAGGAGCUAGGGGCAGGAUCGAAGAAAAAGCAUGCGCCCUUGCUUGACGCUUUCAACAUGAAGACGGAACAAGAAGAAGGCAAAUUCGAUGAGCAAGGCAACUACAUUCGAAAAGCUGUCGACCCCGAUGCAGUCUACGAUACGUGGCUGGAAGGCGUCUCGAAGAAGGAGAUUCGACGCGCGAAGGAGGCUGCCGACAAAAGAGAGACUGAGAGGAAGGAAAAGGACAGGGCGAACGAUAGUGUUCUUGCGUCAGAUGUCUUGAAAACCCUUAUCAUCAACCUCAAGCGGGGCGAAACGAUACUUGAGGCAUUGGCCAGGAUAGGCAAGGGAGCCCCCAAAAAGCCGAAAUGGCAGAACAACCGCAACAAGAAUAGAUCCAAGCAAAAGGAGACCGCAGUCGAAGAUACGGAUAUGACUGAAGAUGAUCCGAAAGAGGCUGCGCGGAAGAAGGCCAUUGAGGAUAUUACGGGGGCGGCGGAUAUCCUCAUGACCAGGGGCCAAGCCGACAUAUACGAUACGGAACGUGAGCUACUGACUCGGCAAUAUCGUCGGGAAACCGGGGAAGAAUGGGUUGAUCCGCCGGAGGAGGACACCACGACCAACGGUGAUCCUCAAGCUCUUACUAUGUGGCAAUUCCGUUGGUCUGAUGCCCGCGACGGUGGAAUAGUACAUGGUCCAUACGAUAGUGCAACGAUGGAGUCAUGGAAACACGCUGGUUACUUUGGCGAGGGCGUUGAGUUUCGACGGACUACAGACACGGGCGAAUGGAGCAGGGAAGCUGAUUUCUCUCGAUAA